GGACUCGAAGAAACAAAUGGAGCUUUUAAUGAAUGACGAGCCCAAUUUCUAGCGCAAGUUGCGAGCGACAUGGAAGUCAAGGCAGGAGUUAAAAUAUACACUUAUUGCGAUGUAAUUAUUCAGCGAUCUUCUCUGACCGGCCCGGUAAUGUUAUGAACUUCUCCACUGACGGUGUUACCGUUAUGUCUUCGGAAAAUCCAGUUCCUUUUCAAAGUAGUUUCGACUUCAACCAUCUAUUCCAGCGUCGCAUUGGCCACAUAACUUCGAUCCAAAUACGAAAUCUCACUCCUUUUCCCGCUCGAGAUACAUUCACUUCAGCUCUCAUAAAGCCAAUUGAAAUCUCUACUGCUACUCAUGGCUAUGUAGCAGACGAUUUAGAUGCAACAUUGACGCGUAAACGUACCCGGAGGGUUUCAACGAAUUCAAUAACCACCUUGCGGAGUUCGAGAUCAGAGGAUGGAGAGUCAGCAGGAGUAGGUGAAGGACACGAAGAAGGAAAGAGAACAACAUCAAGAUUGAGCGAAAAGUCGACUACAAUUGGUCGAACAGCACCGACAUUAAGGCCUCAGCGAAAUAGGACUACAUCUUUGGCAUCAGUGUUCCCCGAGUCGACUGAGGUAUCGCAAGGAAGCUUUUCCCUGAAUUCUAAUGUUGAGGCAUAUAAACAUCAUGCCACGCUGGAAGAUCAUUCUCAGACUGGUUUGGAGAAAAUCAUUGGCUCUCGGCUCGUAGAAACGUUUUUAGCCGUUACUGCCAUCUCAGAGCCUUCAUAUGUUGAUGCUGGGCUGCCAACAACUUCCUCCUCAUCUUUCUUUCCUACAAGCACGCCAAGUUCUCCCAGGAACGGGUUUCCCCUGAUAUCACCGCGGAAGGAUGUAUUCACUCCUUCCUCCCCCAGCCCACUUCCGAAUACCGAGAAGUCACGCAGGGAUUCCCGAGCCUCAACUCUGUCUUCUUCAUCUUCUGGCCAUUCUAAAACCAUGUAUGAUGCUACUCUGUCUCGAAAAGGAGCAGUCAAACCCGCCACAGGCAGUCCAAUAGCAUCAACUUCAACAUUUCCUUCGUCGCCUGAGCUACCUUCUUCGCCAGUCCAACCCUCAGUUCCAGCUUAUUUCUCUCCAAUACACCAGCCAUCUACCAAUCCAAGCUUCUUUUUCGAUCCCACGUCCGAGUUUGCAUCAUGGACUGACUUCAGCGCUGUGAAACUGAAAGUUGAACUUUGGGCCAAGAUUGGAAACGACUCUGGACCUGUGAAUGGAAAGGGUAAGGAAAAAGAACGUCCUCGUGAAACCCGAGAUUCGAAUCCACCUGAAUGGCAAGUGCUAGAAGAAUGGAAUGUCGAUUUGAAUGAGUUGAUUCCCCUCCCGAACAUAAAUGCUGAUGAUGACCCCCAUCACCAAUUACCUUCAAACACGCUCCUCAUUACGCUCAACCCGCCAGGGCAGACCUUUUAUGCCUAUGUUCCAAUAUUAUCACAGCCAUCUCACAGGACAAUGGAUUUGGCUUCAGGUUACUCAUCAGAUCCGGAGUCUACCAUACGGAAGAACAAGGAAAUUGACACCAAGUUAGACUUUGCAGCUCUCCCUUCUAGAAGGAGGCGGCAAAGAGGUAGACAAGGCCAGGAAACUGCCAAGGAAGAGUAUAUAGCCAGGACUGCCGGAUGGAAGGACUUAUUUAAACUGGUGACUAUUUGGACAACUAUAAAAGAUAACGAAAAAUCAUUGGAGGAUAUCGUUCGUGGGCUCGAUCGUCUCAUCGCUGACGAUCAGCUUUCACCACUUAAACGGGAGAUAUCCGAACGCGAAUGUCGGAUAGCGGAAUUACGAGCAGAUUGUGCCAGCGUCUCGACGCAGUCACAAGAACUUCGAGAUGAGAUACUUAUACGUCGGGAACAACUAAGAGAACGACGAAAUAUGCUUGCUAAUGUUGAACAGCAGGAUGAGGACGAGCAGCAAGAAUGGGAAGAAAUAGAGGAAGACCUUCUCGAUGAACGCGCUCGUCUUGCUUCGCUGCGAAGUCUAACCAUUCCAAGUCGCACAGGCCUACUUUCAACCCUUUCGUAUUUAUUUCCCAUUGAGCUUCGUUCGCCGCCUGACCUCCUCUUUACGAUCCUUGACGUUCCACUUCCGAUUCCCGCUUCUCCCAACGAUCCUGCUCCUCCGCUUACCCUUCCAGCACAUAUCGACGUCAACGAAGAGACUGUCGCGACUGCUUUAGGAUAUGUUGCUAUUGUCGUACAGCUUCUAGCUGCAUAUCUUGGCCAUGUCUUGGUUUAUCCGAUUACCUACAUCGGAAGUAGAAGUCUCAUUCGGGAUGGGAUAUCCGCUAUGGUGGGGCCCCGAAUGUUCCCCCUCUUCUCAAAAGGAGUUGACACGUAUCGGUUUGAAUACGGCGUCUUCUUGUUGAAUAAAGACAUCGAGAUGCUUAUGGUAGAACACGACCUACGUGCGAUAGAUAUCCGACAUACGCUUCCGAAUCUAAAGAAUUUACUUCUUACCCUGACUGACGGUGAGGAUGUCCCCAUCAGACCUGCGAUACGUGUGGCUUCUCCAGUCUCAUCUCUUUCUGGCUUGGAGUCUCCCAAACCGCAGUCUCUUGCAUCUUCACAAGAGAUUGCAAACUCAAAUACCACUACGCCGAAAGCCACUUGUGUGGAUCUACCACCCGAAAUUACUCCGCCGGCCAGCGGAUCGUCGACUCCCACCACCCCUAGCGCACCCACUAGUGUAUCUAUGGACACGCUGAAGAAAACUUCGCGUUUUCUUGGCGGCUUCACUCCUUUCUCUGGCUUUCUGCGAGCUCGUGCUCCUUCCUCACUGCUUUUCCGAAAUGUCGAUGAGUCUGCGGGCUCUUUCGACACUGACGAGCUACCUAUAUCAUCGUCUAAUGCAGCUGAGAAUACAGAGUCCGCGGAACAUAAUGCGACCGCGUCAAAAAGGGAUGAAGUUAUAAACUCGGAACCUGGAGAGGUUGGAUCUCCAGUCCUGGCCCUGGGUAAAGUCAAGGUCGCCGAUCGUUUUGGAGAAACGACGGAAGUAGACACAGACGCGGACUCACAGCCUAUCCUCGUCAAAGGCCGACUAGCAAGUGUAUGGAAGGUACAAUGAUCUAUCGUCAUCUGAGCUUGGAAGUGCUAAGGAAGCAGAAAGGGAUCAAUACGAGAAGGAUAAACAUUCUUACUACACAAUGCAAUGGGUAGUAUUUCGGUGUUCGAGUUUACAGACGUACAUAAGCGCCGUGCAAGAUCGUUCGCGAAUGUGUUGCACAUACAAUGGAACA